AUGGUUGCUUCAUGCCUGAAAAGAGUAGAGGAAAAUUUACAAUCAGGUGUAAAGGACAUCCUGAGUUUCAUAGAGCUAGAGCCAUUCCUACCAUGCAAUUCAAUUGUCAUCUUGCACUUCUUGUGUGUUUUGUUGCUGGAGUUUAUAGUUUACUUAGCUGGAAAACAUGGCGUGAGCAAUGAAUCAAUGCAAUAUAAACCACUCGGAGCUGAGAUGCUGCAUCUGGAUCAUGCUCAGUUUACUUUGGAUAGCGAAGAUGAUGGAGAUGAUAAUGUUAAACAUGAAGGCAAAGUGUUAGUCGAGAAGAAGCUUGAUUUAGUGCAAGAAAGAACAGUUGAAGUCAAACCGAAUUCUAAGGCUCCGGUCACAGUAACUCCUUGUGCUGGGUAUUCUUUGAUACCAUGGGAAGGGAAUAAGCUUAUAUCAAUUGUAGGACAUUUGAAGAAUCCUUCUGAAGUUGUCAAUGGCAUUUGA